GUCGGUGAUUGUCAAUAAAAAUAAAUAAACAUUGGUUCAAAAAUUUGUUUUAAUUGCAUAAAAAUCAUGAAUACCAAAAGAAACACGCACAUUUUUGACUUGUACUGGGAAGAUAUUUUAGUGUCGAAAAUCUUGCCGUAUCUUACUAUAAGAGAAUGCUUCCAAUUUCGCUGUGUUUCCAAAACAUGUCUCCAAAUUGUAAAUAUGUAUUUUGCGAAGCUGAAAUCAUUGAAACUGAUGAACAAAGGGUUUUCGCCACACACUUUUGAAGUCUUUGCAGCAACAUGUACAAAGCUAAGAGUUCUCAACUUAAGCAGAUGCAAAAAUAUCACAGACGCAGACUUAAUACCCAUCCUGCGGCAAAAUCGUGGACUAACCAGCUUGAAUUUGAGCUUCUGCUAUAACCUGACUGCUAAAUGUUUGCAACCCGCCAUACUGUAUUGUAACCAGUUGAAAAUAUUGAAGCUGGGAAAGUGUGCAUGGUUAACCACAGGUGCUAUGGAGGCAUUAGCAUUACACCAGAGCAAGCUAGAAGACGUAGAUUUGGGAUACUGCAUCAACAUCUCGGAGGGAUGUGUACUGGUCUUUAUUAAGAAAUUUAGACAAAUAAAAACUUUAAACUUAGAAGGCAAUAAGCAGAUUACUGAUAAAUGUCUGUACACUAUGUCCAAGUACAGCAGUGAAUUGAAGUUACUUAAUUUGGGUGCAUGCAGUGAAAUUACUGAUAAAGGAGUCCUGGCUUUAGCAUUACACUGCAAUAAUCUAGAGGGCCUACUGGUCAGAGGAUGCCUCAAAGUGACAGAGACAAGUCUGCGGCUCUUGAGGAAAAACCGGGUUCACCUUGACAGAAGGCCGGCUGAAUAUCCUUUACCUAUUUAUCCAAUAUAAGAAAAAUGUUUGGUUGUCGCUGCAUUUCUAAGGCGCAUUCAUGAUAUCAUUCCAACUAUGAUUUUAAAUUGAAUACAAGUUUAGUACAUUCUAACCGUACUGCAUAUAUUUACAUAUACAUAUAAUUGCUGUGCAUGCAAAAAUCCGCUAUGUAUUUUUUGAAUUUACAUUUGGUAUGUCGUUUUGUUGGUUUUAAAAGGUGUGCAUUUAGCAACACAUUCUUUGGUGUGUGUGCUAGUUUGAGAGAUAACCUUUUUAGUUACGUGUUUUUGAUCUAAAAGUAAAGCAAAUU